AUGAGGAGGACUAUAGCCCUGUCGUAUCUGUUGUCGAAACCACAUCCAGGCGUACGACUUCUAACACCAGAAGAAGACAAUGAAUGGUUGAGCGGCUCUUCACAGGAGCUCUUCCUAUGGAUGGCCUUUCGGGUCAAUACAAAACCGAGGUGUCACAUAUUGUGGUGUUUGAGAGACAAAAGCAGUGAUAAAGCGCUGAUAUGUCGGCGCCUGUCGUCACAGCAAUCGUCGGACAAUUUGGUGGUAAACGUGACGAAACGGAAGCGUAAUGUGAUGUCAGGCAAAGAGCACAUGAAUAUCGGGACAAUAGGACACGUGGAUCACGGGAAGACCACUUUGACCUCAGCCCUCACCAAAGUGUGCGCCGACAACGGCUUCUCCCGAUACGUGUCCUAA